AUGUCCUAUACAUCCUACGCCGAUGCGCGUAUGUCGCGACACUUCAGAGCCUCCAAACACAAGCCCCGCGCCUCCAUGCGCGCCCCCAUCCGUGAAAUCGCCCUCCGACCCGAAUCCAUCGCAACCACCAAAACCACCCUCGUCCUGCGUCCCAACGGCAACGCCGCCUCGAAUGCCGCCUACAUCAUCACCACCGAGGACCACCAACCCGUCUACACCAUUGCCGGUCGCAAAGCUGGCGACCGCGUGUGUCGAGAAUUCCACGACGCCUCGGGUCUGCCGCUGUUCGAGCUGCACACCAAGACGAUGCUGGGUCGACCGUUGUCGUGGUUCAUCACCAUGCCCGGCGGAGGCGCGGAUAUGAAGAUUGCAGAGGGCCAGCCGCGGUGGGCGGGGGGUCAGAAGUCGAUGGUGUUUUCGUUUCGGAAUCGGGCGGCGGUGCAGAAUAAACGUGAGGAGGAGGCGACAAUGAGUCUGCUGGUCAGUUCGAAUGGGCAGAUUAUGGCGCGGUAUGAUGUGAUUGAUGGGGAUCGGAGGGUCGCGGCUGUCAACGAGAGUAUUCACCAUAAUGAGACGUUGGCGUUGAUGCCGCAAUCCAGGCGAAGGAGUCUGAGGCCGGCGAUGGAUUUGACGGUCGUGCCGGGUGUGGACACUUCGUUGGUGGCUGCGAUCGCGAUCAUCAUGUUUGACUGGACGUACGGUGCAGAGUGA